CAAAGACAUAAAACAUUAUCUGGAGUGGCGCUUAUCGGAUUUUGCGGUACGUCUCUUGUUAAGGAUGGGGAAAGGGUAUAAUAAUUAUAUGUGCAAGAAGUUUUUCCACCCAACAAACUUCGAAAACAUAAAGAGAAAGUGGAUGGCUGAACAGGCAAAUGAGUACGAUACGAAAAAGGAACUAGAGAAACUAAAUCAAUAUCGUCGGGAACAAGAAACACUUGAAAACCGUGUCCUUCUAGGUGAUGAAAAAGCUAGGCUAGGCUUAGCAUGGAUGUAUGACCAGCCUGCUUUAAUGGAAAAGGAGCAACCUGACGACAAAGAGGUGAAGUUUGAAUGGCAAAGGAAAUAUUGUGCUCCGAGAGAAAGCUAUUGCAAAAACUCGUCAGAGAUCAUAGAUCAGCCCUUUGCCAUCGAAGUCCGAAACGUACGAUGCAUGCGGUGCAAACAAUGGGGGCACUUAAACACUGAUCGUGUUUGUCCACUUUUUGGUCAGUCUUUCACUAAGGAACCAACAACAAGCGAUAUGAUUGGUCUUGACCAAGUUAAAAGAAAUCUACAAAAAGAGGGGCUUACUUUGAAGCGAGGAACUGAUCUGGACCGUUUUACAUCUGUAUUUAGCAAAGCAAAGAGUGCACUGACCAGUGUCUCAAAGCAAACAUCUGAAGAAGAAGAUUCUCUAGCCAUGGAAUUCCUCAAAAACCUCACCGAAAGACAACGUGAAAAGCUACUAAAGAAGCUUUCGAAGCUUUCAGACAAGUCCCCGAAGCAAAAUCAUAAAUCGAAGCAUAAACAUUCAAGGCGGCAUUGAGAUUAAAUGAAAAGCGGUUCGGAAUGAUUUGAUUCUUUAAGUUGUAUAUACUUUUAAUUAAUCCUUUUAAUUAUAUUGAUCUACGCUAAAAUAUGUAUUUAUCAAGGAUUACUGUUCGAGACAAAUAUUAUUUUAAACAUUGAGACGCGUCAUGCAUGCAAUAUCGUGUAUUCGUUACUGAGACAGACCAGAUAAUAUUCAGCGUUCACAUUCUUUUCAUUAAAUAACGACCAGUGUAGAUAAGAUUAAAUAAUGCGGCAAUUUAGUUGGGACUUUGCUGCAACUACCUAAAGCGGGAUUUGUCCGUGGAUUGUAGAUCCCUUUCGUCCAACAAUGCUAACAUGGAAUUAUUGAAACUAAAUUAAUAGUAGCAACUAUAUGCUAUCUACUUCGCUUAUCGACCGUGUCUAUUUAUGAUUUCACACGACUCACAAGGAAAAUAUGUAAAAUGAAACACGUAGUUACUGAGGUUUUAGCCAACCAGAAAAUCGUAGGGUCGGUCGACAUUUAGUAAA